CAUAAGCACACAGAGAUCAGUAACCAAGCAAUCAGCGGUUCUCACCACCAAAUUCAAGAACUCAGGAGGCAUCUGUCUCCUCUGCUCUCGCGUUAGCGAAGCCAGCACCCAGCAGAGAAGCAUGAUGGCGGCAAGAGCAGGAGCGUUGGCGGUGGCGUGCCUCGUGGCUGCCGUGGCGGCGGCGCUGCUGGCCUCGCCGGCGUCGGCGCAAUCGGGGUCGUGCACGACCACGCUGAUCAGCCUGUACCCGUGCCUGAACUACAUCAGCGGCAAUGUGUCGACGCCGCCGUCCUCGUGCUGCUCGCAGCUCGCCAGCGUCGUGCAGUCCAAGCCGCAGUGCCUCUGCGCCGCGCUCAGCGGCGACUCGUCGUCCCUCGGCGUCACCAUCGACAAGAAGCGCGCGCUCGAGCUCCCCAAGGCCUGCAACGUCGAUACCCCGCCGGCGAGCAAGUGCAACUCUGCCGGCGGCGGCAACGCACCGGGCGCCGCGACACCGACCACGCCGUCGGCCGGCGAGCCAGCGACCGCAGGGGCCAGCGGCGGAUCGAAGGCGACGCCGACGGCGCCCUACCUGACAUCUGGCGCCGGCGCGUCGAUCCGGGGGGCGGUGAGCCUGGCGCUCGCAUUCGCAGCUGUCGCCGUCUACGCGGCCUUAGCGACCGUGUGAGCAUCUCGGCGUUCGGAGAUUCACAGCCGUUCAUGAUGUGUUUGUGUCAUUGUUGUAGCGUGAGUUGGUUGAUCAUGGCAUUGAGUUUUGGGCAUCACAGCUGUAAUAUUAUUGGUUGUAUCUGGUUAUUACCACAGUAAAAAAUAUUGUUCGUGGUGAAAUCGCUCGUAAGUUAAUGUUCUAGAUGCA